AUGGGAAUGUCUCAAGUAAUAUGGUGCUUAGCUGGAUCGUUGAUCAGUCAACGAUUUUAUGCAAAAGAAGUUCGAUUUGGUCCUGAUGUAAGAUCAUUGAUGUUGCAAGGAGUUGACAUACUUGCAGAUGCUGUGGCUAUUACGAUGGGGCCUAAAGGUCGAAACGUUAUUGUGGAACAGACUUUUGGGCCACCUAAAAUUACUAAAGAUGGUGUAACUGUUGCUAGAGGUAUUGAACUUAAAGAUAAAUUUCAAAACAUAGGUGCUAAAUUAGUACAAAAUGUGGCAAGUAAAACAAAUGAAGAAGCUGGGGAUGGGACAACUACAGCAACAGUUUUAGCAAGAGCCAUCGCUCGUGAAGGUUUUGAAAGUAUUUCAAAGGGAGCUAAUCCUAUAGAGAUACGAAAAGGCGUUAUUGUUGCCGUUGAAGCUGUAACCAAUCAUUUAAAAACCUUAUCAAAACCGGUGAACACUACGGAUGAAAUAGAACAAGUAGCAACAAUUUCUGCAAAUGGAGAUAGAUCAAUAGGAAAAUUAAUCGCUGAGGCUAUGAAUAAAGUUGGCAAGGAUGGAGUUAUUACUGUCAAAGAUGGUAAAACAUUGGAUGAUGAAUUAGAAAUUAUUGAAGGCAUGCAAUUUGAAAAAGGGUACAUAUCUCCCUAUUUUAUAAAUUCUACCAAAGGUCCAAAGGUGGAAUAUAACAAUGCCUUAGUUUUGUAUUCAGAGAAAAAAAUAUUUAAUGCUAAUCAGCUUGUACCGGCGCUCGAGAUAGCUAAUGCCCAUAAGAAGCCUCUUAUUAUUAUAGCUGAGGAUUAUGACGGAGAGCCGCUAUCGGUCUUAGUAGUUAAUAAAUUGAAAAUUGGACUGCAAGUUGCAGCUGUAAAAGCUCCUGGAUUUGGUGAAUAUCGAAAAAACGCUUUAAUAGAUAUGGCCAUUGCCACGGGAGGUGUAAUUUUUGAAGAUGAUGCAAAUUUACUUCGACUUGAAGACUGCACAUUAGAAAGUCUUGGCAAAGUUGAAGAAGUUAUUAUAACCAAAGACACUACAUUAUUGCUUAAGGGACAAGGAGAUAAAGAUGAAAUAAAACAAAGAAUUGAACUAGUUCAAGCAGAAUAUGAAGAAUGUAAAAAUGCCCAAGAAAAGGACAAAUUACAGAGACGCUUGUCACGAUUAAAGUCAGGUAUAGCAGUUCUAAAAAUUGGUGGUUGCAGUGAAGUGGAAGUAAAUGAAAAAAAAGAAAGAGUAAACGAUGCCCUUAAUGCAACGCGGGCAGCAGUCUCUGAAGGAAUUGUUCCUGGAGGUGGUGCGGCACUUUUGAGGUGUAUUCCAAUGCUUUCCAAUUUAAAAACAGCCAAUGCAGAUCAACAAAAAGGAGUCGAGAUUGUAAAAAAGGCAUUACGAACUCCCUGUGUGACUAUCGCAAGUAAUGCGGGAUAUGAUGGUUCAGUAGUUGUAUCGAAACUGGAAAGCAUGGAUGAUGUAAAUUAUGGUUAUGAUGCUUUAAAUAAUACUUACGUGAAUAUGAUAGAAAAGGGUAUAAUUGAUCCCACUAAGGUGGUUCGAAGAGCGUUAACUGAUGCAAGUGGAGUUGCAUCUUUAUUAACUACUGCUGAAGCUGUUAUUUGUGAAUUGCCUGUACCAAAUGAACUUUUGCCAAAAAGACUUGGACCUGAUACACCAGGUGUAACUAUUUAUUAG